AUGGUGAUUGUGCUUCAUGCAGCGUUGCGGGAGAGCUGCGUGUUUGCUGGAUCGAGCAUUUCUUUCUCAAUAACACUCAUGAAUGCACCAAAUGAGAGCGUCGAUGAAAGUGGUCCCUAUCAUGGAAAAUUAGUGGAUGUUUUUUCGGAUCGUCUGGAUGUGUUCGGAAUGGAAGACAAUUCAUCAAGCCAAAAUGUAUCAUCACCGAACACCAAGUAUUAUUCCUCAACAACAAGCAAUUCUUCUGGAGGAUUAUUUUACUGGCUUUUUUCAUCAUCAACUUCGAGCCAAGAAGAAUCUCCUGAACAAACGGAUACAUGGAAAAUUGAUCAACUAUAUGGACAAGUUUAUGGAUUGUGUUCAGGAGAUGCAAAAUGUUUGAAAGAUAUCAACACGGUGGUAUCAUCUAAAACAUCACUGACAAAUAAGAUAUUAUUUAAUGAUGAAGACAAUAAUCCUAACAAAAGUGAUGUGCAACUUCCUUCAUUGAUCCCUGUAAAGUCAAAUAGUAAGCCAAUUUUUGCAUCCAAACCAAAAAGCUUCUUGGAUGAGACCUUGGCCCUUUCAACAUUAGAAAAAAAGACGAUAACUGUCACUCUGUCAAUACCAAACGAAAUUCCACCGAGUUUUAAGGGAAGUGUGAUUAGAUACAAUUACUAUGUAGCUCUUUCAGUUCAAACAUCUGACUUCAACAAAAAUCAACAUAAGAAAGUGAUUACCAUUCCAUUCAAAGUAUAUAAUCCUUUCUCCUCUAUUUGUUCUGUUAAUUCUUCAUUUUCGGAGACCUUUGAUUUUAAUUGGAAUAUUCAUGGGUCGCUCAAGAAAAACAAGAACUUACAAUUAGAAGACCUUUCUUACAAGUACAUGCUGACAUCAAACAUUAAUAUUUCUCCCUUUUUCUAUUCAUUCAGACAAAUUUUAAAUAUUGUUGCUCAUCAUUCUAAAACCAAUCACUACGAUAUUGCAGAUGAAUCAAGUUUAGUGUGUAGAGUUUCACUAUCGAGUAAUGCUUUUUACAUAGGAGAUACAAUUUUAGGAAUUUUUGAUUUCACGAAAAGCGUCAAGCUUUGUGCCAAGGUGAAAUGUAAAUUAAUAUAUCAAGAACAAGUAGCUUCAAGUGUCGUUUUAGAUUACUACAAGCAAACACAGUCACCGACAGAAAGCGUCAGUCACAACUCGGAAUAUACGUCAUUUGACCCAGAAUACUAUCAGCCAUUAAGGAAUAAGGUUACUCUCAACAAAGUCUCUCGAUUUGAUCGAUACACACUCAACACCAUCACCUCUGAUUUUAGGAUGAUUAUUCCUCCACACUCACCAUCUCAAUUCUCGUCUGACCUUAUCAAAGUUGACUGGUUUUUGCAAUUUAAAUUUUAUCUCGUAGACGGCACCCUUACAGAUGAGAGAGUUCAAGUCCUCAGCACCAAAAACCUCUCUGACAAAAAAAGACAAUUUUAA